AGCAGAGGCAGGCCCAGUUUCUGGGCCCCAGAUUGACUUCACAGAGCCCCAGUAAAGAUGGAAAGCCAGACCCCCACAACUAGGGAUUGAGAAGAAAAAGUGGAUGGGAAGCUGCUGUUAAAAGACAUAAUCUGACUAAAAGAUGGCUUAUGAAAAUCAUUGAUGAAAGAGAAAAAAAUCUAGAUGAUAAAGCAUAUCGUAAUAUCAAGGAACUGGAAAAUUAUGCUGAAAACACACAGAGCUCUCUUCUUUACUUAACACUAGAAAUAUUGGGUAUAAAGGACGUUCAUGCAGAUCAUGCUGCAAGUCAUAUUGGAAAAGCGCAAGGCAUUGUCACUUGCUUGAGAGCAACACCAUAUCAUGGGAGCAGAAGAAAGGUGUUCCUUCCCAUGGAUAUCUGUAUGCUGCAUGGUGUUUCACAAGAGGACUUUCUACGGAGGAACCGAGAUAAAAACGUGAGAGAUGUAAUAUAUGACAUUGCCAGUCAGGCACAUUUGCACCUAAAGCAUGCUAGGUCCUUUCACAAAAGUGUUCCUGUGAAAGCAUUUCCUGCUUUUCUUCAGACGGUUUCUCUAGAGGACUUUCUAAAGAAAAUUCGGCGAGUGGAUUUUGAUAUAUUCCACCCAUCUUUACAGCAGAAGAAUACAUUACUUCCAUUAUAUUUGUAUAUGCAGUCAUGGAGAAAAAUAUAUUAAAAUAAUUUCAUGGCACUGAUGUUAAUUCUAGUCUAUUAGUUUUAUAAAAGUUAGGGUUCUUAUUUAGGAACAACAGGAAGUGACUGUUAAGGAGAAAAUGAAUUUAUUGCAUGGGAUGUCAAGUAGCUCACAAAAUUGAUGAGAAGUUGCCGUGGGACUAGGGUGCCAAGACUGCUGAGAUUCUGGCAGAGGCACUGCCAUUGGCUGCUGUGCUGUCCCUGGAAGCUGGAGCUCCAACAGGAAUAUCGGUUUAGCUGUACAUAGGCCAUAAGCCACACUCGAGCCAGCGGGCGGGGAGAGGGAAUGUCAUCCUCCCUUCACCACUGGGGAAGGAAAGGGGAAAGGGCUCAAGUUAUCAUAGGGGCUUACAUGCUGAGCAGCUAUAACCUAGGUGUUCAGAACAGCUGGAAGAUGCAUUUAUUUAGGAGUCAUAAAGAGUGAAAUUAAUAUUUGAGGAGGAUCAGUCACGUGUUGUGGGCUUUAUAUCCCUAACAUUUAAUUUUUACAAUCUUGUGUAAAAAUUUAUCCAUGAUAAUAAUGUGACUUCUUUAAGGUCGGAGUGGCUGGCAAGAGCUAGAGCCUUAAUUUGAUUUUAGCUCUGGCUGGUCUGGAAGCUUUUACUUUUUUAUUAAUCCCACUGCCUCACUCUGUCAUUCAGCAUUAUGAUCGUGAACAAAACUGUAUUGACAAAGUUUGUAUAAGUGAUAUUAACAGUAUUGUAUUGAACAUCCAUUUAAGAGUUGCUACACUUUA